GACACCGGCCACAAUUUUGCUCCUAAGRACCACUUACCGCGUGGGAAUCCUGCCACACAAUACUGUCCAUCCAACAGAACUCUGCACAAUACAGAGGCCACAACGCCAAACGACGAAUUCGCCAUGGCAGUAACGAAACGCGGUGGAAAGGACACCGCAUCGUCGUCCGAUGGCCCGGGAACAGCCCUGGCUUCUUCGUCCCCCAAAUCCAGGCGCCACGAUGCCACCACACWGGAAUCGAAUCGGAUACCCAAGUCCCAGUCGCCRUSCAACAGCAGUGGCAACGACAUCGAACACGGCGUUCCCACGCGACAAARCAAAAGYGGCAACAGCGACCACCAGACCUACCUCUCCGCCAGGGAGAAGGCUGAUUUCAAUGCCCGCCUCGAGGAACGGCGGAGACAGCGGCGGGACCACCGUACGAGGCGAAGGCAGCGGCAGGAACUACACCGCGUUGCCCUGGGGAUUGGUCCGAGGGGCGGGAGCGUCUACUACCGGUCCAAGUCCUUUUGCGUCGUCUCGUGUAUCUUUGUUUGCAUCUUGUGCGGCUGGCUAUUCACAUUUUUGUACCUGGCGGCGGAAUUGGACCUUCAGGGCGAUGGGCAGCGGAGGGUGGUGGCCUCRCCGAUGCAGCUCAUGAGAAAGAACAAGGGCAAAAUMUUUGGCAGCAUCAAGGAGGCCAUCCGGGACCUCCCGAUCACCAAGCGCUUUCAGAAUCGGAGAGGCGGCGACGACGAGAACUACCAGCUUCUGAAAGGCCACAGCACCGAUGUCAUCGACAUGCGGGUGAUGAAUUACGAGCUCCCCUUCSACAACCCCAACGGCGGAAAAUGGACGCAGGGCUGGGACGUGAAACCGGUCGAGCUCAAAAAGUCCAAGCCCCUAAAGAUUUUCGUCGUUCCCCACUCCCACUGCGAUCCGGGUUGGAUCAAGACCUUCGACGACUACUUCCAGUCGCAAACCCGACAGAUCCUCACCACGGUGUUCGAGUCGCUCGUCAAAGACCCGAACCGGAAAUUCAUCUGGGCGGAGAUCUCUUAUUUCGAGUGGUGGUGGAGGGAGCAGGACGAAUCCACCAAGGAAAGUUUCCGGCGGCUCUUGCAAAACAAACAAUUCGAGUUUGUGACCGGGGGAUGGGUCCAGCCCGAUGAGGCCAACACCCAGCUGUACGCGAUGGAAAUCCAGCUAGAGGAAGGGCACGAUUUUAUACGAGAAACAUUUGGAGAACAAUACAUUCCCAAAUACGGGUGGUCCAUCGAUCCCUUUGGGUAUAGCCCAACUAUGGCCUACCUCCUUAAAAAACACGGCUUCGAGGCCAUGCUCAUCCAGCGGGUCCACUAUGCCGUCAAGAAGGAAUUGGCCCUWCACAAGAACCUGGAAUUCAUGUGGCGGCAAACCUGGGACGAGACAGGGGAAUUCGACAUUUUCACCCACGUCAUGCCCUUUUAUUCGUACGAUAUUCCUCACACGUGUGGGCCGGACCCAUCCGUGUGCUGCCAGUUUGAUUUCACCCGCGUAAUGCAUCCCCAUGAGGUUAAGUACGUAGCGAAGUGCCCMUGGAAMAUCGACGCCCAACGCAUCACGGAGGAUAACCUGGAGGAGCGCUCGAUGCUGCUGCUGGAUCAGUACCGCAAGAAGGCCAAUCUKUACCGGACCAACGUCGUGCUCGCACCGCUCGGGGAUGAUUUCCGCUACCAGGGCACCGUUGAGGCCRACCURCAGUUCGAGAACUAUCAAAAGAUCUUCGAUUAUAUCAACGCCGAGGUCGACAACGUCGAGAUAUCCUUUGGGACGCUGUCGGAAUACUUCAAAACCGUAAUGGCAGAGAGGCCAUUUUCGCCGCCCCUUCUCAAGGGGAGCUUCUUUACCUACGCGGACCGUGAGGAAGACUACUGGUCUGGUUAUUUCACCAGCCGCAUCUUCGACAAGGCCCUCGAUCGAAAACUAGAGCGCGUUCUGUACGCGGCUUCCUCCAUGGGUGCCACCAAGAAACAGAUGAUGGAACCCCGGCGGGCCCUGAGCCUGUUCCAGCAUCACGACGGUGUCACUGGCACCGCCACGGUAGCGGUAGUGGAGGACUACGCCAAGAGGAUCCACGGGGCCAUUGCCUUCGUCCAGGACUGGAUCCGGAAGAAUUUGCCAGCGGGGGCGGAAUCUAAGCUUCUCUCGGAGAAGGCGGGUCUCGAGGCCUGCUGGCAAUCGACGGCCCCCCGCGGYCUGAGCCAGAACCUUUGCGAAAAGGAAGGAGGAGGAAACUCGAACAUUAUCGUCUACAACCCGCUAUUGACGGAUCAAUCCUGUGGGUCGGUGGUGGUUCCGGGGCGAACCAUCGCCCACGCCACCCUGCCAUGCGAAACGCCCGGGCCGCUGCCACCGCCUGAGGUCGAAAGCGGAGAUCACCAGCAACCGUCGGGGAUCAAGUUUGAUCCCAACACCGGUCUGAUGCUGUAUCCGGUUCGCGAGGAAUGGAUGGUGUGGAAGGUUACGCAGGGCGGGGCCUACCUGUUCUUCCCCGGAGAACUGGGAUCCUACAACGAGCUCGACCUGGACAUUCGGGAGGGUGGCAGCAUCGUGAUCACGAAGCAYUGGAAGCGAACCGUCGUKGAACGAAAGCUGUCAAAGAACGAGAGCGGUGGCUUUGGUGGGGUGGCCAUCGAUUUCGUCUACGAGACCAAUUUGCAGACGAGCAACGAGGAAUGGUUUGCGCGGUUUACCUCCCCCGACAUCAAAAACCAGGGGAUCUUCCACACCGAUCUGAACGGGUACAACUUCGACACCCACCACUUUCGGAGCGACAUGCCCAUCCAGUCACAGGUCUUCCCCAUGCCGACCCUUGCGUCGAUCGAGGACUCGAACAAGCGCAUGACGGUCCUCUCCGAACACGCGCARGGUGCGGCCUCGCUCGAAGAAAGCGCCAUCGACGUCUGGCUGGACCGGCGGCUGGCCCAGGACGACGGACGUGGACUGGAAUCCGGCGUCAUGGAUAACGUCCCGACCCGGACACGGCUGCGGGUGGUACUCGAGGAGAGAACACCGGAAGCGAGCAAGGCUAAGGAAUUCGAGAUCACUCCCUUUUGCAAGCUGCAGUGGAAGGAACUGAACCACCCGCUGGAACUAUUUGGCACCACCGGGGACGACGAAACGAUCCCCUCCAUCGAGCUAGCCUCGGUCGAGACGCGAAAGGCCCAACACAAAAAGGGCAUGAUCGGCUCCGAUUACGUCGGCCACGAGCACGURCMGAGCCCCGGGGAUUCUCCCCCCGGCGGCUCUUGCCGCAUCUCGGCGGUGUACAUGGUCCACGACCGCGUGGAGUACCUGAAGCRGGCCAUGGACAGCCUUCGCGACUCGGACUACCCCAAGGACGCACCGGUCGUGAUAUCCCACGACGGCCACGUCCGAGAGAUGGUCGACUACGUGGAAAGCCUCAAGCAGGAGUUCAACAUCGUCCAGAUCUUUCACCCCUACUCGUGUGCGGAACACCCCAACGAAUUCCCRAUGGACGACCCCAAGCUGAACGAGAACUUCGAGGGGGAUACCUACGGGAAUCCACGGGACGGCAAGAUCACCUGCUGCAAGCACCACUUUUCCUGGCUGAUCAAUACCGUCUUUGACAUGGAGGAAACCAAGGACGCGGACGGGUUUUUGUUCCUGGAGGAAGACUACAUCGUCGCCCCGACCGUCUACCAGACCAUCCAGAAGGGCUUUGCCUACAUCGACACCAAGAACCGGCGGGACGACUUCUUCGGCAUCGGUCUCGAUCCGAGCAACGGGUACGCCUACGUGGUUCCCAAGGGCGUUGACUGGGUCGAGUCCARGUUCGUGACGGGGCCGGUGGUGAUACGGCGGGAGAUCUUCUCCCGGAUCAGGGCGCACGCGAAAGAGUUUUGCACCUGGGACGACUACAACUGGGACUGGUCCAUCGUCCACCUKAUGGCCAUGGAAUACAUCCCCUUCCGGGUCCUGGUGCCGACCACCCUCCAGGCGGCCCACAUCGGCCUCGAGGGGGGAAUGCACGAGCACGAGGGGGACRGCAUCRRCGAGAAGCAGCUGGAGCUCAUGCRGCGGUACUUCCCGGACGAGGGGGGCCUGAAGGCCUUCCAUGCCGACGUCGGGGUCCCGCACAUYCAGCGGAUCCGCCCCCCGGAGGUCAAGACCAAGGGCUUUGGGGGCUGGGGCCACCCGGCCGACCACGAGCACUGCAUCAAGGUCUUUGAGGGAGCGCGGUAGCGGCAGCAAACGAAYUUCUCGAUCGUUCGACCCAAGGAGCGUACGAAUCCAUCCGUUAUGGUUCCAUCGAUUUUUGCUCACGAAAACGACUAUUGAAAAACC